GACUUUAGUUUUGUUUUGGUAGCGACGCGGUCUGGACGCUUUUCGCAUUUUCUCUUCUAUAACGUUUUUUCCCGUUUACGAACAUUUUAUUUCGUUCAGACAGUUCUAUUUGAUUCGAGAUAUUACAAUUCGAAAGACUUAAUUAGAAAGAGUUUGGUUUCAAAACGUUUGUUUGAAAUUCAGACGAAAUCAGUUGACUAUAACGGUUGAAGACAAGAAAAUAUUUUUUUUUUGAAAAUGAGUGUUGAUGACAAGGUGAUCAAAAUAAUGCGCUAAGUAUACGUCCGUUGAAAAUAAUAUAGUUGCAAAAAACAAACUUUGCAGUUCAUCACUUUGAUAAAUUUUAACCGAAGAUUUCUCGUGAACGAUAAGCAUAAUUUAGUGCAAAUUUGUAUUGUUUUGAAACGGAAAAGAUUUAUGAACCGCAUGCACAAAUAGUCAAAUAACAGUUUAAAAAAACGAACAGUAAUUUGUGCAGAACUGAUUGCAAUCGAAUGCAUUAAAUUAGAUUUGUACUGCCCGGUGGCUGUAAACAAAUAAUUCUCUCACAAAGACGAGUGUAAUAUUGUGCCGCAUAACUAUUCCCAAAAUUUGUUUAUCGAAAUUAUUACAAACAAUAGAGGAUGGCCCCCUUCUGGUUUAUGGGGGCCCUCCUGAUGACGAUGUUGUUUGUACAGAGGGCCGAAUGUACAGCAGCAUCAACUAAUGGAUUAACAGCUAAUGCCGUAUCCGAGGAUCCCGAAUUCAUCGAUGUUAUUGAAAACAUAACAGUAACCCAAGGAAGGAACGUGAUUUUGAAAUGUUCGGUACGAAAUCUAGGACCGUUUAAGGUUGCAUGGAUACAUUAUGAACAGUCAGCAAUAUUAACCGUUCACAAUCAUGUUAUUACACGGAAUCCACGAAUUAGCGUCACCCAUGACAAACAUGAUAAACAUAAAACUUGGUUCCUUCACAUCAACAACGUGAAAGAAGAGGAUCGAGGUCGAUAUAUGUGCCAAAUUAAUACUGUAACCGCAAAGACUCAAUUUGGAUACUUGCAUGUAGUUGUGCCACCAAACAUUGAGGAUGCAUUAACGUCAACGGAUGUCGUUGUUCGUGAAGGUGCCAAUGUUACAUUAAAAUGUCGUGCAACGGGCAGUCCGAUGCCGUCAGUUAAAUGGAAAAGGGAUGACAACUCGAAGAUUUCCAUCAACAAGGCAAUGAGUGUCGUUGAGUGGGAAGGAGAGACAUUGGAAAUGUCGAAAAUAUCUCGAUUAGAUAUGGGAGCUUAUUUGUGCAUUGCUAGCAACGGGGUACCGCCAAGCGUAUCCAAACGGAUUAAAAUCAGCGUGGAUUUUCCACCGAUGAUUUGGAUACCUCAUCAGUUAGUGGGCAUUCCAUUGACCUACAAUGUGACACUUGAAUGUUUCGUAGAAGCAUUCCCAACAUCAUUGAAUUAUUGGGCUAGAGAGAACAGUGACAUGAUUCAUGACUCAAAUAAAUACAAGACUGAAACUAUACCUGGCACAGCAUUGCAUAAGGCCACCAUGAAAUUGUUUAUAAGCGAUGUGCAGAGAAGUGACUAUGGAACCUACAAAUGCGUUGCGAAGAAUCCGCGAGGCGAAACGGAUGGUACGAUUCGGUUAUACUCUUCAAGUCCGCCAACAACAAUUGCACCAAGUACCACUGAAACAAUUACCGAGAAUGUUUUCGUGGACUCACGGCACAGCUUGAACAAUUAUGGACAAUCAUCGACGCCUGUUGUACAUUUAUCUGAUAAAGGUUCAAAAUAUCAAUCAAACCUAAACGAAAUAGAUAAAUCCGAACAAAAAUCAUCUGUAGAUAGCACAAAAGGACUAAGGCCACAGAAAAUCGAUACAUUAUCAUCUAAUGGUCACACACAAACAUUCAGCUCUACAAUCAUUAUCCAACUGCUCCUAUUAACGGCUCUUAUGCACACAGUUACGUUAUGAAACAACUCUUAACCGAUAACGGCCUAACAAAACGUUUAAAAUGAAAAGUGAAUGAACACAAACAAAAAUAUAUUUUACUAAAGAAUGAAUUAGAAAAAAAAAACAUUUUUUUAUUGUUUUACCCCAUUAAAUAUGCCGAUAAAUCCAGCAGCAGGAUGUUAAACGAAUUUUUAAACCGCGAAUUGAAUUUCUAUUUGAAAUAGCCUCCAUGAAAAUAAAAUUAUUGUUGAAUCCAAUGGUAUUAAUAAAAUGAUUGAUGGAACACACACGUUGUAAGUCAAAAAUGUUUGAUGAAAAAUUAGUUAAUUGAAAGCAAAGAGAUGCACUAGUGGAAUUAUAAAAUCCGACAAUUUUUAUCACAAUCCAUCCCCAAGUUAUUUGUUCCACAUGCGUUACUACAGUGGUAAAUAAUACCACAUGAAUACCAUGUUACGGUACGUACUAUUCGUGAGACAUAACAAAAAUAGGCUCUAUCCCAUAUCUCUUGAUGUUCGUAGGAAUUGUCAUGACUCCUAUGAAAGGAUAAGUAAUUGCGAGCGUAGCAGGCGACAUUUUUUCAUACGGAUACUAACUUAGUAUAUUUAGAAGGAUUUUAUAUGCUCGUUAUUUGAUUAGUAUCUACUGUAGCAAAUCUUUUCGCUGUUAAUUACUUGCCGCAAUUUUUAAAUCUCAUUUCAGCAGGUAACGUACAAAGUUUCUCAUCUGCGGCAAUCAGGGCCUCAUUGUAACACUAAGAGUGUCCCUGGACAAAUGAUGAACGCCUUCGGUUUUUACUUGUUUGGCGUGACUCGAGACUCUUCUGAGUUGGAGUCCAUCCAAGUAAAGUUUGUGUCUUCAGUAACCAUAAUUCUUGUCGUCAAUAUUGUUAUUUCAGCUAAGUUUUUAUGUUACUGUUGCAUUACUCUCUCCAAAGUAAGACUAGGAACAGGUCGAUUUUGACCUGACCUGAACCUGAAACAGUCGACCUGACAAAAUUGAAGUCAUGUUUAGAUUUCUCAUUAAAAUAACCUGCACCUGACCUGAUUUACCGUUGACCUGCCGUGACGUGAUCUAGCCUGACACCUGACUUCAGGUAAAUUUUAAUUAGAAAUUUAAAUGAAAUAUGAAAAGAUUUACAUCAAAAAUCAGGUAACCGGGCAGGUCAGGUUAUGAUUUUCACGUCGAAUCAGAUUUCAGGUUAAUUCAGG